AGCUAAUUCCACAUUUUCUUCCCCCAUUCCAACACGUUCUCUUCUCUCUCCUUCCUUUUUCCUUCCCUUUUCUCUGGUCCAAAACUCUGCCAUGGAGAUUGGAAGUAUCCCUUCCUUUCUUGAAAACAAGUCGAUUCUGGUCCUUGGUGCUACAGGGUUUCUGGCAAAGAUUUUCACUGAGAAGAUAUUGAGAGUUCAGCCAAAUGUGAAGAAGCUUUAUCUUCUUUUACGAGCUAAAGAUGUCAAGUCUGCAACUCAACGCUUGCAUAAUGAGAUCAUAGGGAAGGACUUGUUCAAAGUCCUAAAGGAGACAUGUGGAGCAAAUUUCAAUUCUUUUAUAUCAGAAAAAACCACCCUUGUCCCAGGAGACAUCACAUGUGAGGAUUUAGGAUUGAAAGACCCAAAUUUGGUGGAAGAGAUGAUGAGAGAAUUGGAAGUUGUUGUUAAUCUAGCCGCAACUACCAACUUUGACGAGAGAUAUGAUGUGGCACUUGGCCUUAACACAAUGGGAGCCAAACAUGUUCUGAAUUUUGCCAAGAAAUGCGUCAAAUUAAAGGUGUUUGUCCAUGUAUCCACAGCUUAUGUGUCUGGAGAGAGGGAAGGGCUCAUACUAGAGAACUCAUAUAGAAUGGGAGAAACACUUAAUGGUGUUUCUGGGUUAGACAUUGAUGCAGAGAACAAAAUUGUGGAAGAGAAACUCAAUGAACUCCAGGCACAAGGUGCUUCACCACAAGCAAUUACACUAGCCAUGAAAGAUUUGGGCAUCGAAAGGGCAAAGACUUAUGGAUGGCCAAACACUUACGUAUUUACCAAGGCAAUGGGAGAAAUGUUUGUGGAGGAUUUGAAAGAAAGUAUACCCACGGUCAUUGUACGGCCUACCAUUGUAACUAGCACUUACAAGGAACCAUUCCCUGGUUGGGCUGAAGGAGUCAGGACAAUAGAUAGCUUAGCUGUUGGUUAUGCUAAAGGAAAACUACAAUGCUUCCUCGGAGAUCUUAAGGGAGUUGUUGAUGUGAUACCAGCUGAUAUGGUGGUGAAUGCUAUGAUGGUGGCCAUGGUAGCUCAUGCAUAUCAGCCGUUUGAUACCAUUUAUCAAGUGGGAUCAUCAGUAAGCAACCCUCUUACGUACGAUAACCUUCAAGACUAUGGCUUCCGUUACUUCACUAAGAAUCCCUGGAUUAACAAGGAUGGAAAGCCCGUAAAAGUUGGCCAAAUCAGGGUACUGGAAAGUAUGGCUAGCUUCCAUAGAUACAUGACUUUCCGAUACUUGUUUCCGCUAAAGGGGCUAGAAUUGGCAAAUAUAGCAUUUUGCAAGUACUUCCAAGGUGUUUACAGUGAUCUGAGCAGGAAAAUCAACUUUGUAAUGCGAUUGGUAGAGAUUUACAGACCGUAUUUGUUCUUCAAUGGCACCUUCGAUGACAUGAACACAGAGAAAUUGAGAAUGGCAGCAAGAGACAGUGGGGUAGACAUGGAUUUGUUUUACUUUGAUCCCCAAUGCAUAGACUGGGAAGACUACUUCAUGAACACCCAUAUUCCAGGAAUUGUGAAAUACAUUUUCAAAUGAUCAAACAGAUAGUGGAAUUUAUAUAUAGACGAUGGUGUUUCGGAGAUCAAUUAUUCAGCGCUUCGGGGAUUUCUUCAGCAUUUAUGUGUUCUUUCUUAGAGUGGAAGUUUAAUUAAUUAUUUGGUCUGUCAUUUGUUAAAGGCAGCUUGUAAUUGUAUAUGCUGUACAAAAAGUAUCUGAAGAACUUCAAGCAAGGUGUACUAGUGGCUACAUAUAUAUUAUCUUAAUGUUGUUCUCGUGACAAUUGGUAGGGCAAAAUUUGUGUUAAUCAGAAAGAGAAGUAAAUUAAUGAUCUCUCC